AUGUCUGAAUCCAUGUCGGCUUCAGAUGUUAUUGAAGAAUCUGCAACAGAUGUAGUUGGAGAGUCUGCCAAUGUAUGGUUUCCUGAAUGUGAUGACAGUAAGAAGCCCUUCGUUGGUCAGAUAUUCAAUGAUCUAGUUAAAGCCGUUAAGUUUUACCGUAAGUAUGCAAAAGCUUGUGGUUUUGUAUCGCGUAAGAGUACAAAAAGUGUCUCUAACGAUGGAACUAUUCGCAUACAAUAUAUGUUGUGCAAUAGAGAAGGUGCCGCCCCCAAUGCGGAUGAAUUAUUGUUGGCUGACGACUAUUUUCCAAAAAAGAAACGCAAGAGAUCAUCAUGUAAGGUUGGUUGUGAGGCCAAAAUUAUAUUUCAGAUUAUGUCUUAUGGUCGUUACUAUGUUCGGAUAUUCGUAGAGGGCCAUAAUCAUAAGAUGGUAUCAGCUGGAACUCGUCAUUUAUUGCCGAGCAAUAGAAACAUCGAACCAAUUCACCAAUAUUUUAUGCAUGCCGGUAUCAAAGCCAACUUUGGACCAAUGAGAACAUUUCGUAUGUAUGUGGAACUUGUUGGUGGUUUUGAUAAGGCUGGUUGCACUAGUAUUGAUUUCAAGAACUAUGUGAGAGAUUUAAAUGUGCAUAUUGUGGAUUCCGAUGCUCACAUGUUGCUAGAUACGUUAAAGAACAAAAAGGAGGAUUGUGAAGGAUUCCAAUACUUCUAUGAUGUUGAUGAUGAGAACCAGUUGUCUCGCCUCAUAUGGACCGACCAACAGUCUGUUAACAACUACAAAUAUUUUGGCGAGGCUGUAUCGUUCGAUGCAACAUAUUGUACUAACAGGUACAAAUUGAUUUUUACACCGUUUACUGGUCGGGACAAUCAUGGAAAAUGCGUGUCAUUUGGGGCAGCAAUCAUAUCACGUGAAGAUAUGGAUUCAUAUGCGUGGGUUUUGAAGAAGUUCACUGAAUGUGUUGGCAAAGCUCCUCGUGUGUUUAUGACUGACCAAGAUCCUGGGUUGAAGAAGGCAGUUGCACAUGUGUGGCCCGAUACACAUCAUAGAUUUUGUAUGUGGCACAUCACCAUUAAGGUGGCAGAGAAAUUGCCUCCGAACCUAAGGGAUGAUUCUGAGUUCAAGACUAAGUUUGGCAAGAUUGUAUGGUCCGACCUUAAUGAGCCUGCCGAUUUUGAAGAAAACUGGAUGAAUUUGAUGAACGAAUAUGAGUUGAAUGAUAAUCGAUGGUUCUCUGAUAUGUAUGCCGAUCGUUCUUUAUGGAUCCCUGCUUAUUUUCGGGAUAUUAGUAUGAGUGGACUUUUUCGGACUACAUCAAUGUCGGAGAGUGAGAAUAGCUAUUUCAAACGUUUCUUGGGAAAGAAAUCUAAUUUGAGUGUGUUCUAUAUGAACUAUAACACUGCUUUGGACUCUCAACGGCAUACGUCGAAAAAGCUAGAUCUUGCUGAUGAGAUUGGUGUUCCACCUAUGUGUACAAUUCACGCAAUAGAGAAGCAUGCUUCUACCUUAUACACCAACUCUAUUUUCAAGGAAGUACAGGCUGAGAUGAAAGUAGCCGCUUUGUCGUGUAUAAUGUCGAAGAUGGAGGGUAACAAGUAUGUUGUCGAUGACAACAUUGAUGGAUUAUUCACUGUUACUCAUGAUACAGUUACUGAUUACUUCAGAUGCACGUGCAAUCUGUUCACUAGGAAGGGGUAUUUAUGCAGCCACAUAUUUUAUGUGCUGAGGACUUUGAAAGUGGUCGAGAUUCCCGAGAAAUACAUUGCUAAUCGUUGGUGCAAAUCAUAUAUGUUAUCUACAUUUCAAGCGACAGAUAAGAUGACAUGUCCGACACGCAACCUCCCAAUUGGCAAUGAUGCAUUAUUCAAAGUUUUCAGCAACUGCAUUGGUCAUGUUAACGGUGAUGAAGAAUUGAGGAAACAGUUGUUGGCUGACUUCAUUGAUGUUGAGAAUAAGUUCAAAAAACUUGGAAAACAGAAUCCUAUGGCAAACUCGAAGGCAGCAAUGUUCAAUGAGUUUUAUGGCGCUACACCACCUGAUGUGCCAACUGUGCUACCACCUGCUAUAUCAAAAACAAAAGGUAGUGGAGCAGGUGGGCGUAGAAAAUCAAAUAUGGAGAAGGCGAUUACUCUAUCACAGAAGCCAUUGCGUAAUUGCAAAAGAUGUAAUACUAUGGCUCACCACGAUUCCAGGAAUUGUCCCACUAAGGCGCAACCAAAGUGA